AUGGAGACAAAGGUCAGUGAGUCUUCCUCCUCUAGCCCAAGACAUUCAUUUGAAGUAAUUAAGGUAUGUUCAGAUCCACCUAAAAUUAUUGAGAGAUUCCGAUUUGAUGGAAUCAAUUUGUUCCAGUGGACAUCAUAUGCAGAAUUUAUUCUGUGUGGGAAGAAUCUGGAUCGUCACCUUCUCGUAAAGUAUUGACAACCCAGGAUAUUCUCGGUGGAAAGAAGACGCAUUGAUUCAUUAUUAGAUGCUAGACAAUAUUUCACCAAAGAUAUGUGAUAGAUUUCUUUUUCUGAAAUUUGUGAAGGAAUUAUGGGACAAGGUUCGUCGUGUUCACUCUACUAAACAUGAUGAAUCUCAAAUUUAUAGCUGGGUACAAAAAUCUCUGACUUUGUUACAGGAACAUUGACUGUCUUGGAAUAUGCUUGCGAAUUGGAAUCCAUCUAGAGAGAAAUCAAUCACUACAGACCAAUCGAGAACCCUGAUAAUGAAGAACGAAAUUAUAUCAUGAAAGACAUGCUGUAUAAAUUUUUGAUGGGGAUAAAUCUAGAAUAUGAGACUCUAGUAAAUCAGAUCUUUGCUCGGAAAGUAGUACCAGAUAUUGAAGAGGCAAUUGCAUUAACUAGACAAGAAGUAAAUACUAGAAAUUUGAGAAACGAUUUAAAGAUAAAAAAUGCUGCAUUCAAUACUCUCAAGGACAAAGAUACCUCUGUAUUAAAAAAGGGAGGUAGUAAAGUACCAUUUAUCAAAGGAGAUCCUAAGACUGAUCCGAAGGCACACUUAUUUUGUACUUAUUGUCGGAAAAAUAGUCACACUAGGAAGACAUGCUGGAAGAUCUAUGGCAAACCACCGAAUUAUGGUAACUUGUAUUUUGCUAAUGCUCAAAAUGAAGAUGGUGUUGAGCCCAUGAUUUAA